AUGGCGAAGGGGCUCUACAAGGUUCAGAAGCAGAUCACCAAGAAGCGCGGCAAACUCGAAGCUCUCCAUGAGAACAGCCGUGACUCGCAGAGACUGCGCCGAGCGGGGGCGCGGGAGGAUAGACUUGCCCGUGCAGCGGCAGUGACAUCGAGGACACGACAGUCUUAUGUGGACAGAGUCGCUUUCUUCCAGGAAUGCCUAAAAGACGCUUCAGGCGCCUUGUCUGAUAAUGAAAUGGCAGAGCUUGUACAGAAGUUCAUUGACCGCGCGGCGCCAGAGAUCGAGGAGCUCCGACAAGAGCGAAGAAAAGGACGACCACCAAGCAAGCGUGAAGAUGCCCUCGUACAACGCGCGCAAGUAGAGGGGAAGGAGUUCACUACCGGGUUCUGGAUGCCAGAUUUCACUCUGGAGGAGGUGGUUUUAAGACUAAAGGUCUGGAACGGAGAGUGGGCGAACAUGAGCACGAUGAAGUUCAUACGCCUCCUGCGGGAUGGUACCAAACAAGCUUCCAGUUUCCCGCCUAAAGGCUUGUCUUGA